GCCCGGGAGUGGUCCGUCUGCAAAUAGUUUCCCCCCGAUCUGCGGUCAGAGUGCAGAUUGAUUGAAACGGUCUAACGCUGCUGGUCAGUUCAGUUUGUUUGUUUUACUACAUUAGUGCGGUAUACCGAGCAGCACUGCGAUAAAUACAAUUAUUAUUUUAUUACUAAACAGGGCGGUAAACAUCAGUUAGCUUAGCUUAGCUUAGCAUAGCGUAGUACGCUAGGUUUGCUAUGGCGGAGGUAGCGGGUCCGUCCAGUGAGACCAUUACAGAGACAGUUCAGACCGGGACGCCUCCACCACCACAGCAGGAGGGCAGAAGCUUGACCAUUAAGCUCCGAAAAAGGAAGACCGACAAGAAGGUCGAGUGGUCCAGUGACACGGUGGACAACGAGCACUUGGGCCGGAGGUCAUCGAAGUGUUGUUGCAUUUACGAAAAGCCCAAGCAGUUCGGCGAGUCCUCCACAGAGAGCGAGGGAGAGGAUGACGAAGGCUGCGGCAGCGCACACUGCAUCCUCGGCCACGCGAGAGGACACGGGCCGAGAGGUGCCGGCGAAAACGCAGCUCCCCCCAGUUCCGGCGGCGCCAAGCCUCACUAAUCAGGAACGAAAGCGCCCUUGAUCUGUUGGCAAGAGGAAAGGGGCGUGUGGACGGGUUCAUAAUCUUACAUUCUGCUACUCACACAUAUUGCGUUGCUGUUUCAUAUUGCUGGUUGAUGAGUGGACGAUUGUAAGAGCUGCAGGAUGAGACUUUCUGCCGUCCGUCCUGUGAUGUGGUCGAUGCGCAGGACGAACCGUCCUCGCUGCCCGAAUGCUGUUAAGAUUUGUUGUAUAUAAUACAUGAGUUUUUAAUUUCUUCAUGUUUAUUUUUGUAAAUCGUUCUGUAUUUAUUUGUCAGACUGAAAUAUGAUUCAUUUCUACACAUCUUUUCUUCUCUUAAUGCAAGAAUUAAGGGAGCUAACGAAUCCUGACCUAGUGGUCGUGCUGUCAAGUCGCAGAAAAUCCCAGAAAACGUCGCGUUUGGUGCUUCUCACAGUUAGAAAACAGGGUUUCCAUUCCAAAGACUUCAACCCGAGAGACCAGAAUGCUCAAUAUGAGCGACGUUAACGUCGGAUCGAAGUAGUAUUAGAUACAGCCAGCACUGCUUUUUUUAUUCCUUCAUUAAUCUAAAAUAAAAAAAAAAAUGUAAUCUUAGCUUCGUCGUGAUGCUUCUCGAUCAGAAACGUCAGUGAUCGUUCGUACCGUCGCUCAUCCAUCUCCGCUUUAUCGUUUCAAAUUGUGACACUACUGAUUCCUUUCGACAAUCAGACGAGUAAAGCUAAUAAGACGUUCGUGCAUGUACGUUUAAGAGCCGGGAAGCUUCGCAAACGGCAGAUUAAAAAGACGGCUGGAAUGAAAACUGUAGUAUUACUCACACCGACUCGAGCUGCUUCUGUGUUUGAAAGAGCCGCCGGAGGCGAAAUGAUGUUAAAUCCAAGUGAUGUCAGCAUGUUCAGUAAUACACUAAAUAAAAGGUAUUUGGUA